CUCUGGCAAGUUACUGUUAAACCAGCUGGGCAAGAGGCAGCUGCAGUGAGGCUUCCCAGAUGGCGUGCAGGAUCAUGGCAACCUACGUGCAGCUGAACACCAAAGCCAAGAUGCCCCUUAUUUAUGCAAUAUUUCAGUCUGCACCAGGGCAAGUGAGAGCUGCAGUGCUGGCUGCCAUCAGUGCUGGGUACUGCCACUUUGGCUGUGCAUUUGUGUACCAGAAUGAGAGUGAAAUUGGGGAUGUAAUCCAGCAGAAAAUCAGGGGAGGUGCUGUGAAAUGAGAAGACCUCUUCAUUGUCAGUAAGCUCUGGAGCACAUUUCAUGAAAAGCCUCUGGUGGAGAAAUGUUGUCAGAAGACUCUUGCUGACCUGAAGCUGGAUUACCUGGAUCUCUACCUCAUGCACUGGCCUAUUGGGCUCAAGGCAGGAGAGAAGCUGUUUCCCAAAGAUGACAAAGGCAUGCUCAUACCCAGCAACACAGAUCUUCUACAGACAUGGAGCUUAGCCAUGGAAGAGCUGGUGGAUGCUGGCCUAGUAAAAGCCAUUGGUGUCUCCAACUUUAACCAUGAGCAGAUUGAAAGAACCCUGAACAAGCCAGGACUGAAGUACAAGCCUGCAAAUAACCAGAUUGAAUGUCAUCCAUACCUCAACCAGGAGAAGCUGAUCAAGUACUGUCAGUCCAAAGGGAUUGCUGCAACAGUGUAG